GGCCCUGUCGGCCCCGCGCGGGCCCAGUGCUGUGCGGCGCCUCUCGCCUGCCUGGGCGCUUGGGUGGGGGCACGGGGGGCAUGCAGGAGCGCACCGGGGCAUGCAGGCGUGCAUGCAUGAGUGCAUGCGGGGUGACGGGGGCGAGAUGCGGCCGGCGGGCCUGAGGCUGCCGAGGCCGGGCGCAGGUCGCUGAGCGUCUCCCGGAGAGCCGGGGACCCCCGGGGACCCCCCCGCAGCGGGGCUGGGCGCUGCAGCCCUCCGAGCCCCUCCCUCCCGGCCCACCUGGCGUUGCUUUUUCUGCCCCUUCCAUGGAGGGGGUCGGGGCCCCCUGCCCCCCGCUGCCCAGCCCCGCCGGGGGCGCCCAGCCCGGACCCCCGGACCCCCCGGAUCCCCCGGAGCCCCGAACCCCGGCCUCCGACCCGCCCGCCUACCGCCUGCAGGACUUCGACACGCUGGCCACCGUCGGCACUGGUACUUUUGGGCGGGUUCACCUGGUCAAAGAGCGAACAGCCAAGCAUUACUUCGCACUCAAAGUCAUGAGCAUUCCCGAUGUCAUUCGUCUAAAACAGGAACAGCACGUGCACAAUGAAAAGUCAGUCCUCAAAGAGGUCAACCAUCCAUUUCUGAUCCGAUUAUAUUGGACAUAUCACGAUGAACGGUUUUUGUACAUGUUAAUGGAGUACGUGCCUGGAGGAGAGCUUUUCAGUUACUUACGUAACAUGGGACGUUUCAACAACAGCACGGGACUGUUUUACUCCACAGAAAUCAUCUGUGCGAUAGAGUAUAUCCACUCCAAAGAGAUAGUUUACAGGGACCUUAAACCUGAAAACAUACUGUUAGAUAAAGAAGGCCAUAUCAAGCUUACGGAUUUUGGAUUUGCGAAGAAACUGGUAGACAAGACGUGGACACUGUGUGGAACGCCUGAAUACCUAGCCCCCGAGGUCAUUCAGAGUAAAGGUCACGGAAGGGCAGUGGACUGGUGGGCCCUAGGAAUUCUGAUAUUUGAAAUGCUGUCAGGGUUUCCUCCAUUUUUUGAUGACAACCCUUUCGGCAUUUAUCAAAAAAUCCUCGCGGGCAAAAUAGAUUUCCCCAGGCAUUUGGAUCUCUAUGUAAAGGACCUUAUUAAGAAGCUUCUUGUCGUCGACAGGACAAGACGUCUAGGCAACAUGAAGAACGGGGCAGAUGAUGUCAAAAGGCACCGGUGGUUCAGAUCCAUUGACUGGGAGGCGGUACCUCAGAGAAAAUUGAAGCCUCCUAUAGUGCCGAAGGUAUCUAGCGAUGGGGACACCUCCAAUUUUGAAGCUUAUCCUGAAGAUGACUGGAACAAGACUCCUCCCGUGCCUCCUAAGGACAUGGAAAUCUUUAAGAAUUUCUGAAAGGAACUGGAAGAUUGAAGAUAGGAGAGAGUUUGGGGAAGAGCAAUCUGCAUGGAAAUGGAGCAGAUCCUCAUUGAGGAUGAGAUUUUCCGUAUUCGUGUCUGCACAUAUUUAUAUAAAGAGCUCAGCGGGCAGGUGAAGUUGACUUUGAACAGUACAAUCUGGCAUUAGUUCGGUCAAUGCUGUUACCAAGCAUCUACUCAGUUGUGGAUCCAUGGAUUAUAUUGUUUUGUUCAUUUUAAUUUAUAUUCUAGUGUUUCCUGCUCUCCCAGAUUAUUUUGCUUAAUUAUAUCGUAGACUUAACUUUAUAAGUUUAUACUAAACUGUGUCAUUAUAAGCACAAAUUAGUAUAUAUGUAUAUAAAGAAAACAAAAUGACUAAAGCACAGUGGCUGUGCAGAGAUGUAAAUGUUUGUACUUUGCAGAGUUUAUGAUUUUAUUUUUCAAGCAAUUUUUUUUUUAAAGAGGCAGUUCUCUUGGGGGGACAAAUCUUAAAAGAAGUAAGUUUUUUCAUCAUCUUAUAUACAUUUUAUAAUUCUUUA